AUGUCUACAGAACUUAUUCCACUUUCAAGCAGGUGGAAUCUAAAGCAAGCGAACUGGCAUUUAUUUACAAAGGUCCUAGAAGACUGGUCAAGCAGUUUUAUUCCACCAUUUGGAUCACCUCGAAUCUGGUCUAGUUACUGCCUUACACACAGCAGCACAUCAAGCCAAACCACCAAUGUCUCUGCUUCCCACUUUCACAGGAACUAUUGGUACUACAACAUUAAAGGAGCUGCCAGCAAAGUCAUCGAGAAGGAAAUCCUGGAGAAAAAGACUUUCACAUGGAUCCAGUGGCCCUUAAAUGUCCACACUUCCCUAUCAGAUCUCUGGGGGAGAUUGAGCAUAGUCACUGCCAAGUUCAGGAGACAACCAUGUCACCCACAGCCGAAGCAAGAGGCUUAUGGAAUGGCCGUGAUGUUCAAGACUAGGAGUGACACAUCACAGCUCCCGCUCCCAGUUAGAAAUUGCCUUUCAACCCUACUGCCUGAGAGAGAUGAGGCUAUCCACCGAGCUCUUCAGACGUCUGCAGAUUCAGAAACUCCAUUCACCUUCGAGGAGAACCGAUGCAUCAACAGUCUAUCCGUGCUCGUGAGUGAGGAAGUGAAGAAUAACGUGUUGAAGAAUAGAAAAGAAAGUAUAUCGGGUUAUUCGCUACCCAGCCGAGACUCAGACUUCAAGCAACAUGACCGAUGGAUCGGAUCGGCUGUGCUGGGGGCGCUCAAAUCCGUGUCCGUUGAGCCCGUGAUGCUGGUGGACGGAGCGUGCAAUCAAGCGAUGCUUCUCUUCAUCGAGAACGUUCAGAUGAACAAAAUUUGUUCUAUCAAACUUGGCCUCCCUGAUCAGGUGUGCAACAACCUGUCUGAACAUCCCGAGAAGGACGUUUUAGUUCAGAGAGAGUUCAGCGUCUGCCUCUACAACAGCAUCAUCAUGUCUAUCAUUCCUCUCAUCGUGCUCUUUAUGGGAGCUUGGAGUGAUAAAUACGGAAGAAGGUUAAUUCCUUUGCUGAUGACGCUGAUUGGCCAUGUCAUGUACGCCGGAGGAUAUCUCUUGAGCAACUGGCAGACGUCUUGGCCCGUCGAGGUCAUCUACCUCGUCACCGUCUUGGAGGCUUUGGGCGGCGGCAACGUGGGCCUCUUGUGUACCACCAUCAGCUACAUCAGUGAUAUUUGCCCCGAGAAAACUCGCACCUCUCGCGUCAGCACAGCCAACUCUCUGUGGUACCUUGGGGGUCCUGUGGGCACCCUGCUUGGGGCGCUGGUCAUUAAGUACGGCGGCUACAACUUGGCUCUCCUGCUGGUUCUGCUGGCCUACCUCUCGGCCGUCCUGUACGUGGUGUUCGUCAUCAAAGAAUCGCACGGACCUUUCGCCAAGACAAAUUUGCAGGACCAUGAAUCAGCCAAGCAAGAAGCAAGUCUCGACAGCAAGGAUGUGUCCAAACUGCGCAUGGCGUCCGAUUUCUUCAACUGGCGGCGUGUGGUUGAGUCCUUCAAGACGGCGUUCAGACAGCGCGAGGGCAACGCUCGCAUGUUCAUCAUGGCCAUCAUCCUCAGCAACAUGCUCCGUCGCGUCGCUAGAGGUUUCUUCAUGUACAUGUUCGUGCGUCGCGCCCUGUCCUGGGAGGCCACCGACUACGGCUACUGGAUCACCUAUCGGAAUCUGCUUGCGGCCAUCGGUUCGCUGUUUCUGGUGCCGAUCCUCACCAAGAUGCUGUCUUUUACGGACGCCUCGCUGGCCGUGCUGGGCUCCUUAUCCAUCAUGGGCGAAUAUGUGUGCUACAGUCUUGUCAACGGCGUGUCUCAGGCGUUCCUCAUGUGGUUGGGACCUCCCGUCGGCGUCAUCUCCAACGCCAGCGUCAUCGCCUUUAGAUCGUUGUCCACCAAACUUGUCAGCAAAGAGGAGAAAGGUCGCAUCAGCGCAGUCAUGGCCGCCAUGAAUGGCCUGAUGCCCAUGGUCGCCUACGCCGCCUAUUCCCCCAUUUACUACAUGACAGUUGACACAUUGCCAGCUGCCCAGUUCUUCUUCGGGGCCUCACUCAACGUGCUCAUCAUGAUCAUAUUCAUGUAAGUGCUGGGGUAGCUCUGCCCAGAAUGUCCACGAUGUAUAUG